AUGACUGCAGAAGCCGAUACAAACGUCACAAAUGUCAAUGGCCCAGAGCUUAUUGUGGUCGCAGAAUCAAAAAAUACAACCAUGGAGUCAAAUUCAGGAACGGUCGAAAAACCAAAGCCUACAAUAGUAGAACCAAUGUCACAAAUCGCAUCUGAGGAACCAAGUCUUACAAUUACAGAGCCAUCUACGACUAAUAAGUCAAUAGCUGAGGAGCCCGCUACGGAAGCACCCCAGGAAGCAACCACCAAACAAGAUUCUACAAAAGAAGCCGAUAUAGAGAAAGCACCUUCAUCUCAAAACUCAGUCUCAUUCGAUAAGAGUACCAAAACACAUGAUGGCUCCCAAUUGUCCAAAUUCUAUUCCGAACUGCCGGCAAUCCUCGAGGCAGCUGGACACAGUGAGAUGUGGGGAAUCAUACUUGAUCCAUCGGAAACUCACGUUCAAACAAGUAUAGUACUUGAGAAGUUCUUACGAGCGAACACCAAGGAUAUUUCAAAAGCUAAGGCUCAAUUGAUUGAGGCUUUGAAAUGGCGAAAAGCUAUGCAACCACAAAAGCUCUUAGAGGAGAUUAACUUUGACAGGGUCAAGUUUGGUAAUUUGGGAUAUGUAACGUCUUAUCCUACCAGCGACGGCGGCGAAGAAAUCAUCACAUGGAAUGUUUACGGGGCAGUGAAGGAUGUCAAGAAAACUUUUGGUGACGUUCCUGAAUUUCUCAAAUGGAGAGCAGCUCUUAUGGAACUAUCAAUCAAGGAGUUGAAUCUUGCCUCAGCGGCCGAAAAGAUUCCCGAGAACGGCCCUGAUCCAUAUCGUAUGAUUCAAGUUCAUGACUAUCUCAAUGUCAGUUUCUUCAGAAUGGAUCCCAGUAUCCGUGCUGCAUCCCAAGAGACAAUACAGAUAUUUAGUAUGGCUUAUCCUGAGCUGCUGAAGGAAAAGUUCUUCGUUAAUAUCCCUAUGGUAAUGGGUUGGGUUUUUACGGCCAUGAAGAUCUUCUUGAGCGCUGAUACAAUCAAAAAAUUUCAUCCGCUCAGCUACGGUUCCAAUCUAGCUGGUGAAAUUCUAAGUGUUGCAGAGAAAUUGCCCAAAGAAUACGGAGGAAAGGGUGAAGAAUUGGAGAAGAUUGGUCUCACAGUCAAAUAUACUGAAGAUGAAGCUUCAAAGUCCGAAUAG